CUCCUCCUCCUCCUCCCACCCCGCCUAUUCGGCGGCGGAGGCGGCGGCGGCGGCAGCGGUUGUUCCUGCCUCUCCGCCACCUCCACCGCGGCCUAUCCGCCCGGCGGCGUUGGCGGGGAGGGGGACAGUAGUUAUAGACGCCCGCCCCUUCCUCAGAGAAGAUCCACAUUGGAUAAAGGGUAAACUUGUUACAGAUUCUCUCUUUAAAAGGCAUCUGUGCAGUAGUGCAAUUUGAAUAAUAAAGUAUUUCACUUUAAAAGCUCAACGUCACUGUUUGCAGAAAAUUUCAUGCUGAAAAACAGAAGCAAUUAAUGGAUGAAUAUGACCAGAUUUCUCCAUCAAGUUCUCAGCCUGAUAAGGAAAAUCCCUUUUUGUCAGGCUAAUGAAGCAUUCAAAGAAGACAUAUGACUCUUUCCAAGAUGAACUUGAAGAUUAUAUUAAAGUACAGAAAGCCAGAGGCUUAGAACCGAAGACUUGUUUCAGAAAGAUGAGAGAGGACUAUUUGGAGACCUGUAGGUACAAAGAAGAGAUGGAUUCCAGACCCCGGUACAGGAUGUUUGAUCAAAGACUCCCACCUGAAGCCAUCCAGAUGUACCCAGCAUCAUGCAGUGUCUCACCAAGCAUGGAGAACCGCUUACCCCAGUGGUUACCAGCUCACAGCAGCAGGCUGAGACUAGACUCUCUGAGCUACCGUCCGUACACCAGGGACUAUUUCUCCCAAAAGCCAGUACCCCUGCACCUUAGUCAGCAAGGAUACAAUUACGGCCCCUGCAGUGUAGAAUCUGGAGGCUACAGGCACCUCUCCUCGGAAGGCAGCCCCAGAGCCUAUCAAGCCAGUCACAAACAGAGCCAUCUGAUGAGAACAAGGUAUCCAGAGGAGGAAGGUGGAGGAAGACCAGAGGAGGGACGGCCCAAGCAUAAGAGGAAAAGAAAUUGGGAGGAUAUGAAUGUAGACAAACAGAAGAGCUUUUCCCAAAAUAAGGCAGAUGUGGAAUCAGAAACUGCACAGGUCAGUACAGAAAAAUUAAAGAAUCGGAAGGAGAAAAAACCCCGAGAUGUAGCCUCUAAGAAAGAGGAACGUAAGCGUAGAAAAGAGAAAAAGGAACAAGGCAAAGAAAUGACCGAGGAGGAGAUGCUGUGGGACCAGUCCAUCCUUGGAUAUUAAAACCAAUCUUUUCUCCUGAGGUUAAACUGAAAACAUAGUUGAGGAGUUUGGUUUUAUGAUGUUCAUGUUCAAAUCACUCUUCUUAUGUGAACGGGCACUUUAACUUCUAACAAAGGCCAAGUGAACAGGAAGCAUUUAGUAUGCAUGCUCUCCAGCACAAAAGAGACUUUCCCUCAUUUUCUAAAAGCACUGUUUCAUUUUUUUUUUUAACAUAUAAUGUAACCUCCCCUUAUGAGAGUGGCUCUGCUUUCGUUCAUCUAGAUGCUAUGAUGGCGGGAUUCUUUUCCCUUGGGAAAUCAAAGUCAGAGGAUUAAUAGGCUUUGCAGAAUCUAUGUCUUGAUUGGAUUAGUUUGGGUUUUGAGUUGGGUGUCUUUCUGUGCAUUGGUUUUUCUCUAUGAAGCAAUUUAGGUUAUUCUAACAUUGUUGGAUCUACCUUGCAACAUAUUUUCUAGGUUGGAAAGUGGAAAAUAAAUAAAACAUGAUAAUAGUUUAGGUUACUUAUAGUAUUAAAAGUUUCAAAGAGUCUUUCUAUAAUAUCAGUUUAUAUUCUGAAAAGGUUUAUAAUAAAGACUUCUAAUUUCUGAA